AUGAAAACAGGUAGGUCACUUGACCGCAAAGCUGUGAAGGCUUCUGGAAAGUGCAGUCUAAAGACAGGGUCCAUUGGAGUGAAAAAUUCUUCCAAGAGAACAAAUAAAUGGGAUCACCAAGCAAGAGGAUGUGGUGAAGAGUUGUUGACUGAUAAAGGGAGUCAGCAUUUUCCAUUUAAUGAACCUGUGAGAAUGUGCCCAGAACUUGUCAAUAAAGAUACUUUUCCACCGGAAAAGAGGGAGGUGUUUGAACUUUAUCCAAGACAAACACUUGGUUCUUCUGCAAAGAUCAAGUUACAACUUUUUCCUAUAAACGAAGGAACUCGAAUAGGACUUGAAAAGGAUGGGCAUAAUCCAUAUUUAGAACUUACACUUAGUGGUCGAAAGAAAAUCUCUUCAGUGAUACAACACCUUGAAAAGAAGUGGGGAAGUUCAAGUAUAGCGAAAGGGGAGCCUAUGCUUUUUCCAUACUAUAUAAUGGAAAAUCUAUCUGACUGCAGAAGGUGGACAAUUGAUGAUACUGAAACAACAGCUACUGCUGUCUAUGCUGCCGUUGGAAGCCCUGAAAUUUUCCGGUUGAAGUACGGUUGGUUCUACAUACAUGAACCUAGGUCUUUUGGUAUACCUUCCACACCAAUUCCCUAUGAGUCUGGUGUACGGUCUGGAGGAACAGAGGGUGGUAGCAAUGAUAAUUUAGAGACUUUAUCUGAUGAACAGGACAGGGUUCGGGUUAAAAGUAAGGAACACAUUGCAAUUGAUGUGGGCAAUGUAGCAAUUGAAAAUGUGGCUCAGACAAUGUACAAUGCAUCUGCUGAUCCUCUGGAUAACGAGCCAAGAGUAAGCAGUUGCCUUCAACAGCCAUCGUUACCAUGGGUUGAUAGUCUAACCAAUAUAAGCAUUGGGGGUCUCCUUUCUGAAGCAUCCUUACAGGGAGGGUUUGAUCCAAAAUCAUUUGGCAUCAAUGGCAUGCAAACAAGUCAAAUAAUUUCUGAUUCAUUGGAUGCUUUUAUCGCCACCCAAAUUUGUCAUCCUCCUGUUUCAAGACUAUCUACUGAAGACAUGCGAACAUCUAUAUUAGAUGCUGAAGAAACAUGUCAUGCAUUUCCUAUUCGAAAGUUAUCUUGUCCAGCAGAUGUACAAACUGCUAGUGGAAAGGAUUCUUCUGUGGCCUGCAGUCAGGAUGUUUCUUCAAACUCAUCAAAGUUGUCAAAUACAGACAAGGUUAAUGAUCAAGAUGGACUUUCACAAAAUCCUCCAUCCGGGAAGACUCAGACAGACUGGUUGCUUUCUUCCCGUUUGUAUGAUGAUGAAAGAAGUCUUGGGUUAACAGGCAUCAAAUGGAAUGACUCUUUGGGACCUUUUGAUCUUGGCAUCCCUGCUAAGAAGCUUAUUGGCGGAGACAGUGUUAGUAUCGGUGGGUUUGUUAAAUAGCUGCUUGGAUGCAUAAGUUGGAGACCAAAUGACAGUCAUUUUGAAGAUACGUGCUUAGGAAAGAGAAGGAAAAAUAAAUUGUACAUAACAGAGAAACACUUGUUGAAGAGCCACCAAGGGCGAAAAAAGGAAAGAAAGAAACGAGCCUGACAGAAUACUGAGUUAUCAGGUGUAAAAAUCAGAGUUAUAGGGGGGACUGAUAUUUCUGUUUUGCAUUAUCUUGCUUCGUU